UCGCAUGUUCUACUCUAGCUGGAUCUAAAAACAAUAACCCUAAUUUGUUGUCGUUGUUGAAUAAUAAUACCCCAACUACUAUUGCAUCCGCUUCAACAGCACCACCACCGACGACGACAUCAUCAUCAUUGUCGUCGACGUGUGGAUCAGGUGAAUCUGCUCGUGAAGAGAAUGUCAACAACAACAUCAGCGGUGGAGGCGGCGGUAAUCGUGGUGGUGUUGUUGUCGUAAAGAUAUUCCGUUGUAAACUUUGUCAUAAGUUUUAUAAGUCACGACGUAGUUUAUUAAGACAUCAAAUUUCACAUCAUGGAAAGUCGGAUAGUCAGGCAGGUCACAGGUUCUCCUUAUCAGCUACAUACUGUCUGAAUUUAAGUGAUCUCUCAUAUCCUUGGUUUUGA